AUGCAGUCACGAAGAACACUAGUUAUCAUGAAGAGACAAAGACCCACGCCACCACCACCUACCAAAGCCAUUCCGCCCACUCCUUCAACCCCUCCCACCCCACAAAUCAUCCACAAAACCCUCCAUUCCAAGACUAUCAAUCUCAAACCCAACUCACACUCCUUCAGGAAAGUGAAACCCAAGAGAGACCUAUUCACCAAUCUUAAACUCCCCAAUACACCACCACCCACAAUCCCAAUCUCACAAGAACUCAAAUGGGUACCCCUCAAUCUUGGCAAAUCAGAGCUCUACUUGCCCCUCACAUUCCCCACUGGCCAAACCUUCAGGUGGAAACAAACAGGUCCUCUUCAGUACACUGGUGCUGUUGGGUCCAAUUUGGUGUCCCUCAAACAGCUUGAUAAUGGCGAUGUGGGUUAUUACUUUCAUUACGCCACCUCUGAGGCUAGUGCUAGGUUGGCUUUAUUGGAUUUUCUGAAUGUGGGUAUUUCUUUGAAUGAUAUGUGGGAGGUAUUUUCAGCUGCUGAUUCUAGAUUCGCUGAAUUGGCACGGCAUUUGGGCGGUUCUCGGGUGCUUAGGCAAGACCCACUUGAGUGCCUCAUUCAAUUUAUUUGUUCAUCCAAUAAUAAUAUUCGAAGAAUUACUGGAAUGGUUGAUUUCGUGUCAUCAUUGGGAAAUUAUUUGGGGACUGUUGAAGGUUUUGCAUUCCAUGAAUUCCCGUCCUUAGACAGGUUGUCGCAGGUAUCUGAGGCAGAGCUUAGAGAGGCAGGUUUUGGUUACAGGGCAAAAUAUAUUAUUGGCACUGUUCGGGCAUUGCAAUCAAAACCUAUGGGAGGUGUGGAGUGGCUUGCUUCUCUUCGCGAGUUAGAUCUUCAAAAGGCAAUUGAUGGUCUCUCCACUCUACCUGGUGUUGGUCCCAAGGUGGCAGCAUGCGUUGCUCUUUUCUCUUUAGAUCAACACCAUGCUAUUCCUGUUGAUACUCAUGUUUGGCAGAUUGCGACAAGAUACCUCAUCCCUGAGUUGGCAGGCACCCGUCUGACACCUAAAGUUUGCAAUCGUGUAGCUGAUGCUUUUCUGAGCAAAUAUGGGAAGUAUGCUGGUUGGGCUCAAACUCUGCUUUUCAUUGCUGAACUACCUUCACAAAAGGCAAUACUACCAUUGAAUUUUUCGACUGCUGAUGCAAAAAAGGCUACUCCAUCAGAAAAUGAAGAAACAGGUAAUGCAAAAAGCAACAAGGAUGGGUCUGCGUGAGCAUGCACAACUUUGGUUACACUUUCCUUCCAUUGCAGCAAAUUACUCAAUCACAUUGCAUGUGGCUUAAGAUGAGCUAAAUAUUGAUCUCAAGACGAAAAAGGUGAUUGGUUUGAGGCAUAAACACAAUGGCCUUUAUUACUUGGAUUGCGAAUGUUCCUUUCCUACCUUAAGUGCAAUUAUGUCUUCUUUCCAGUUGCAUUUUCGACUAGUUCAUCAUUCUUUGCAGAAAUUGCCUCAAGUCACCCCUGGUUUGAGUUCCUCUUCUAUGUUAGAAUGCGAAGCUUGUCACCUAGGUAAGCAUCACUGUAAUUCUUUUCUUCCUAGCUCUUCAAGUUGUCAAUCUAGUUGUUUUCAUGUUCAUACAAAUAUUUGGUGCCUCGCAAGAGUUAAAAGUAAUUCUGGUUUUUAAUAUUUUGUGAUCUUUGUUGAUGA